AUGGCCGUAUUUGUCAUCAUGUUACGCGCUUUGACAAGUUCUCCCCACUCUUGCCCCAAUCCUUUCGCUCUCAUCUACUCGGAGAUGUCUUUGGAUUCUACCAUCACAUUCGCUCUGGUUCCCAAAGGGUCUAGCUUUAUGUCUCCAUCUCCCGAGGAUGGACAACCUGCCGUAGAGCAGAUCGUAGAAGAUCCCGUCGUCCUAAGGAUCCCAAAGUCAAGGCUCGGCGCCCUUUGUCUCCACCCUGUCAAGUAUCUCAAGUUCCUCGCCUGGACUAUCCUAAUGCUUCAUGGUACUAUUCAACUCGCGGAUAGUGCUGAAGAUCUGCCCGAUGAGCUUCCACUCGACUCUUUGCUCUCGACGGCUGAGUACAUCUUUAUACCGAGCCCACCCUCCACAUUUGCGGAUGCCAAAACUUUGGAUCACACCACCCUGAGCAGGAAGGGAGAAAGCUCUCAAACUGGCGCCUCCCGAAAGCAGAGCUUCAGGAACGACCUUUGUGAGCGAGACGUGCGCUGCAUCUUCACGGGAUUCCCACUUUUUCAGGCCGCCCACAUCAUACCUUUCCAACGAGGCGACGGCUGGCUUCAGGAGCUCAUUCGGCUGCGCCUGCAGCCAGAUGCAUCCAACGCCCCGUCGUACAUCUGCGCCGAACCAGGCCAUGAGGUCGACGAUCCCGUCGCGACGCUGAGAGACAUUGACGAUAAAAGGAAUGGCUUUUUGUGUACCGCUCAUGGUGCCUACGAUGGCGGCGCGUGGGUCAUCAUGCAUACUCCCAAUCACAUCCUCACCGUAGACGACGUACUCCCAUCCUAUCGACGGACCCCUCCCUCUCCACAAACUCUCUCCAACCCCUCCGGAGCACACUACCAGCGCUUUACUGCUCAAUGGAUCGCAAAGCCAUCGGAAGCAGAACUCUUCAUGAUGGGCGACAAUACGUAUGCCGCAUUUGCCAAUCAUGGGCUUCGGAAGCCGUCCGCCUUCCUGCUCGACUGCGCCUAUGGAGCCGCUGCACUACGACAAUGGGGCGUCCUCGCCGACGACGCGCUUCGCAUCUUCCCACAACAUCUUCCUCGACCUGCCCCCAUCGAACACCCGAAUACGUACCGAUCCAGGCCGGAAUACAACACCACUGCCGAAGAUCUCACCGGCGGACACCAUCAUUCUGCGCUGUCGGAUGAUACAGUUAUCGAUGGACCCGACAAGUUCGACGCCAUGUGUACAGUGCUUACAGGCUUGUAUAAAGCAGGAAUAGGCAAGCGUGUCGAGCCUUCCGGGGCGGAUGUGUCGCGGUGGAUUAACACAGAUGGAGCAGGAAUAUGA